CCGGCCUCUCUUGAAAUUCGUCUGCCUGCCUCGACGGUGAUAUGAUGUGACAAGUCUAUUGAGCUUCCUGCUGCAUUGCUCUUUUCAUCUUCCACUGACGUCCUCACAAAUCAGUCAGACUGGCGUUCUUCGUACCCCCAACUUACGACGCGGCGGGGAGACGGCGCUCAGGUGCAGGCGCAAUCUACGACGGCUUCGGCAAGACUCAAGUCAUCGACGACCACUCUGCCCACAUGGCUUAUCCCGCUCUCGCGACCGGCACAGGUCGUAACAUCGACAUGGCCAAAACCGAGUCGGAUCUGGCCAUCAACAUCCGCAAAGCUACCAGCAUCGAGGAGACUGCACCCAAGCGGAAACAUGUUCGCUCAUGUAUUGUUUACACAUGGGACCACCGAUCCUCCUUGUCCUUCUGGGCGGGGAUGAAGGUCCAGCCCGUCAUGGCGGACGAGGUCCAAACCUUCAAAGCGUUGAUCACCAUCCACAAAGUCCUGCAAGAGGGUCACCCGGUGACGGUCAAAGAGGCGCAGCAGAACAUAAAUUGGAUCGAAAGUCUUGCUAGAGGCGUGACUGGAGAAGGACUGCGAGGAUACGGCCCUCUUAUUCGUGAAUACGUCUUCUUCCUGCUCGCGAAGCUGGGCUUCCACCGCAACCACCCCGAGUUCAAUGGUCUCUUUGAGUACGAAGAAUACAUCAGCCUGAAGUCGAUUAACGAUCCCAACGAAGGCUACGAGACCAUCUCUGACCUGAUGACCCUGCAGGAUCAAAUUGACACUUUCCAGAAGCUGAUCUUCUCGCACUUUCGCGGCGGGUCGAACAACGAGUGCCGCAUUGCAGCCUUGGUGCCCCUGGUCCAGGAAAGCUAUGGGAUCUACAAGUUCAUCACCAGUAUGCUUCGAGCAAUGCACACCACAACCGGCGACGAUGACGCCCUUGAACCACUCCGCACUCGAUACGACGGCCAACAUUAUCGACUCGUCAAGUUCUACUACGAAUGCUCCAACCUCCGAUAUCUGACAUCCCUCAUCACCGUGCCCAAACUUCCUCAAGAUCCUCCCAACCUCCUAGCCGACGACGACGAAAGACCCGCCCUCCCCAAACGGCCUGCCAAAGAAAUCGAGAAACCUCCUACUCCCGUGGCAAAGAACGGAACCCCCGAUACCCAGAAGGAUAUCGAGGACUUCUGGACAAGAGAAGCUCAAAGACAACAAGAGGAGUAUGAGGCGGAACAACGUCGUCUGCAGCAACAAUGGGAAGACCAGCAGAGGCAACAGAUGUUGGCACAGCAAGAGGCGCAGCGUCAGUUCGAAGAGCAACAGAGGCUGCAGGCGGAGCAACAACGCCUCGCCCAGGAACAACUUCUUCGCGAUCAGUACGCUGCACAAACCCAAGGUCGCUUGGCUGAGCUGGAGCGGGAGAACCUCAACGCUCGUGCGCAGUAUGAGAGGGAUCAGUUGAUGCUUCAGCAAUACGACCAGCGCAUGAAGGCUCUCGAAGAACAGCUGCAACAGCUCAACGCCAACUUCCAGAUGCAAUCUCAAUCCAAAGACGACCAGAUCGCGGCGUUGCAGGAACAAGUCAACACGUGGCGGUCCAAGUACGAGGCGUUGGCCAAGUUAUACUCUCAACUGCGACAGGAACAUCUUGAUCUUCUUCAGACCACCAAGUCACUGAAGUUGAAAGCGGCAUCGGCCCAGGAAGCCAUUGACCGCCGCGAGCGCCUUGAGCGCGAGAUGAAGACUAAGAACCUUGAGCUGGCCGAUAUGAUUCGUGAACGCGAUCGCGCCCUGCACGAAAAGGAUCGGGCUCAAGGUUCCAACCGAGAGGAGGUCGAGAAGCUGAAACGUGAACUGAGACUUGCGUUGGAGCGAGCUGAGGAUGCUGAGAGGGCCAAGGGGUCCGAACUGUCGUCGAUGCUAGCCAAAUACAAUCGUGAAAUGGCCGAUCUGGAAGAGGCAGUUCGGAGCAAGACAAGACAACUCGAAGAGAUUCGCUCCAAGCAGGGCGAACGGAACUACGACCAGGAAGCCGCCCUGCGAGAAAAGGAUGAUGAGAUCGAGAUUUACAAGUCGGGGAUGGAGCAGGCACUGGAGGAGCUCGAAGAACUCAAGUUGGGACACGGCGAGUCCGACGGUGCGCUGGACGGUGCCAUUGACGAAGUCAUCAAGACCACCGUCAACAAAAUCAACGACAUUAUCGACUCCGUCCUUCAGAGCGGCGUGCAGAGGGUGGAUGACGCUAUGUACGAACUCGACUCUCCCAUGCAGGCCGGCAAUCAGAACGCCACGGCACCCUAUGUCCUGUCCCAGAUCGAAAAGGCCUCUGCCAGUGCGACCGAGUUUUCCACCGCAUUCAAUAACUUUGUCGCGGACGGACCUAACAGCCCGCACGCAGACAUCAUCAAGACUGUUUCCGUCUUUGCGGCGUCCAUCGCCGACGUCUUGUCCAACACCAAGGGCCUGACACGCUUCGCGACCGAGGAAAAGAAGGCCGAUCAAUUGAUCGAUGCCGCGCGACAGUCCGCCCUUUCCACGGUCCAAUUCUUCCGCAAUCUGCAGUCGUUCCGCCUCGAGGGACUGGAAGCCGUGCAGAAAACCGAUGUGGUGAUCAACAGCAACCACGAUGUGCUCAUGAAACUGCAAAAGCUGUCGAAACUCGCCGAUGCCUUUGCACCCAAGGGAAGCAAGCUCAAGACCACCGGCGAUUUGGGUGACCUGGUGGACUCGGAGUUGACCAAGGCCGCCAACGCGAUCGAUGCCGCGGCACAGCGUCUUGCCAAGUUGAAGAACAAACCUCGUGAUGGUUAUUCGACUUAUGAGUUGAAGAUCAACGACUCGAUCCUGGAGGCGGCCCUAGCCGUUACCAACGCCAUUGCACAACUGAUCAAAGCAGCCACGGAAUCGCAGAAUGAAAUCGUGCGCGAGGGGAGAGGGUCCUCGUCUCGUACUGCAUUCUACAAGAAGAACAAUCGCUGGACCGAGGGACUGAUAUCCGCCGCCAAAGCCGUGGCCACGUCGACCAACACUCUCAUUGAAACCGCUGACGGCGUGAUUUCCGGCCGCAACUCUCCCGAGCAGUUGAUCGUGGCGUCAAACGAUGUCGCCGCUUCGACAGCACAGCUUGUCGCUGCAUCUCGGGUCAAGGCGAGUUUCAUGUCCAAAACCCAGGACCGCUUGGAGCAGGCCAGCAGGGCGGUGGGAGCGGCUUGUCGUGGCUUGGUCAGGCAGGUGCAGGACAUCAUCAAGCAGAAGGCGAGGGAUGAGGGCGAAUCGAUGGACUAUUCCAGGUUGAGCGGACACGAAUUCAAGGUCAGGGAAAUGGAGCAACAGGUCGAGAUUCUCCAGCUGCGAAACGCCCUAGAUGCGGCGCAGGCGAGGUUGGCCGAAAUGCGGAAGCUUUCUUAUCGCGAGGAUUGAGGACCAUCACUUGAAUUCCCAAACAGAUUGGUAACGACUCUUCCUUCUCCGGUUUCACUCUUGCCGACAGGAUGAAGGGGGUGAGGGCAAGAGACGAUGGCAGUGGUUGGGGGGAAUGGCAAUGACGGGACGUGUGAAAUGGAGGAUCAUGAAGACCGGCGAUAAUGAACCCGAGCCUGACAUGAAGCAGAAGCACGAGCACGAGCGAAGUCGAUACAGCCGGGUCGAAGUCACUGGUAGAGAGCAGCAUAGGCAGCAAGUAUAUCGAGAUUGGUGUAUUGCAUCACACAACCACGCACAAUUGAGGGACAUCGUUGUCGGACCAUGUUCCAAUCCUUUUCCGACCCCGUUCAGGGCUGGCGCGGUGAUGCCGUCAGCCACGCUCUCGAAACUCGGCGCCGCGCGCUCGGGAGUAUUGCACACCGUAUUCUCAGCUGAGGGUUGAGGCUGCCCGGAACCGCUAUUCGAUGGGCUGGCAGCGGAGGUGUUGGCCCCCGGGGUGGAGGCUGUGCCGAAGACAGGAGAUGAGACGGCGCCAUAAGGGCUUACACGCGAGUCUCCUUUUCGACGGUUAGAACCCUUGAAAAGGAGGCGAGCCUGUAACCGUGGGACGUAAAGGCCAAUAUAACAAUAAACUCCUACAACACGACAAUGACCGCCUAUACCAGGAGAACGGCCGCCUGCCCGCUGAAAAUCAGCGCCUGCGAUAUGACAACGACCUCCAGCGAGACGACAUUGAUCGCCUGCAAAACGACAAUGCGGCGAUCCCAGAGCUGCAAGAGCAGCUGACGGAGCUGGAGAGGGCCACAGGUCGAGAUGAUGAUGGGAUCGCCCUCGUCGUUCCUGGGCAGCGCCGACUCUUCGGUUCCGGCCCGUGGAUGAGGAGGCGUUCGGGGCUGAUACACAUAUCCAACCCUCCGAGCCAAUAUAUCCACCAAUCCAUCCCGAAUCCUUUUGUUCCUUUUCGCUCCGCCGGGGCGCCACCAAUGUUUUGGUGGUUGGCCAUUGGAUGGCAAUGCUCAACCCCGCCCCGGCGAAGACAGACACAUAGCCAUGACCUGGCAUGUCUUGAUCCUGAAAAUCACCAUCCAGGCGAUCCUCAUCCGCCCAAACCUUUCCUCCCGCGAUAGGGAUAUUUAUUAUCCCUGAAAUCUUGCGGAUCGAAACCCGAGCCUUUUCUCGAAUCCCUCCGCGAUAUAAUCCUCCUCCAUUCGACCGCGGAACAUGCUUUCCUUCAUCAAAACAACCCCGCCAGCCACAGGCAAUGUGGAGCCUGGCUUCUGCAUAUUCCAUCCACGAUCGACCUCCCUUCUUUGGUCCUCGAAUGACCGAAUUUCUCGAGGAACGCCAUCCUAAUAUUUUCGACGGCCGACCGGACGCCGCCACGCUAGAUAUUCAAGGGGCGACGCAUGCCAAACCGACCAUCAUGGACUAUGACGUGUCGCGCCGGCGCAACGCGUGUCGCUAUGAUGGUCUCUCUCCCUUCGUCCUGUUGUCCUCUCGAUAUCUGGCCUCUAGCCGUCCCCUCUUGAAGCCUUGACUCGACUCGUCGUCUUUCGCGCUGAGAAUCCUCUCGCUCUCGAGCGAAAUUCUCCCUCUCGCGGUUGUCGUCGUCGUCCACGCUCAGCAGACCCGGUCACAUCCGUUGACCCCGCCGCGUCUCAACUCAAAGUCUGCGUCAUUUGUGACUACAGACGCGAACGAUAUCGAGCGUAGAAGUUGGACUGGGUGGGUGUAAAAGGGGAUCCUUCAGUGGUUUAUAUCUCCACGCCUUGUCCUGGUUCUCAAGCCGGCUCUGGGGUCGUAUCCAAUCUCAUCCGGGGUCGGAUCCAAUCUCACGUGCUUUGACCGGAUCGUGCUGGAAGAGAGAAGCCGCACAAAAAAAUCAGAAAACGCCGAAACCUCCCAAAAAAGUAGAAAAUGAAAAAAAAAACU